CGGCCACCCGCACCGCCCGACGGCACCGAUGCCUUCUCCCGGCCUGCCGCCCCCCGCCGCCGCACUCCUCGCCGACGUCGGCGCCCUCCGCCGUUCGUACGCACGCCUCAUCGCCCUCUCCUCCACGCUCCGCCACCUCGAUCAGGUCCUCGCCGUCUGCCUCGCCUCCGGCCACUACACCCUCGACCCCGCCCCGGCCACCUCACUCCUCGUCCGCUACGCCGCCCUCCGCGCACCUCCCCGCCAGCUCCUCCGCCUCUUCCGCGCCGUCCCCAACCCCGACCGCUUCAUUCGCAACGCCCUACUCCGCUCCCUCCCGUCCCUCCGCCCCGACCUCCUCUUCCCCUGCCCCGACUCCUUCUCCUUCGCCUUCGCCGCCACCUCGCUCAACUCUUCCAGCUCCCGCGGCGGCAUCGCUUCUGGUUCCGCCUCCGCGCGCGCGCUGCACGGGCUCGCCGUCGCCGCGGGGUACGCGGGGGACACGUUCGUGGCGUCGGCCUUCACCAAGCUCUACUCCACGCUGUCGAGAGGCGAUGACGCACGCAGGGUGUUCGACGCUGUGCCGUCUCCGGACACGGUCCUCUGGAACACGCUGCUCGCCGCGCUGUCCGGCUCGGAGGCCAUGGAGAUGUUCGUGCGGAUGGUCAGGGCAGGAUCGGCGCAGCCUGACUCGACGACGCUGUCAUCCGUCCUGCCGGCAGCAGCGGAGGUUGCGGAUGUGACGAUGGGAAGGUGCGUUCAUGCCUUUGGGGAGAAAUGCGGAUUGGCACAAGACGAGCAUGUUGUGACGGCGCUCAUAUCACUGUAUGCCAAGUGCGGAGACAUGGAGUGUGCACGGCAUCUCUUUGACAGGAUGGUGGCGCCGGAUUUGGUUGCAUACAAUGCCUUGAUCUCAGGCUACUCGGUUAAUGGCAUGGUUGGAUCGUCGGUGGAGCUGUUUAAGGAUCUGGUGACCUUGGGCUUGAGGCCAACCUCGAGCACGUUGGUGGCGCUGAUCCCGGUGCACAGUCCGUUCGGGCAUGAACAGCUUACUCGGUGCUUACAUGCGUAUGUUGUCAAGGCUGGAUUUGAUGCCAAUGCUCCUGUAUCGACAUCACUUACCACUCUGUACUGUAGGUUAAACGACAUGGACUCUGCAAGGAAAGCCUUUGAUGCAAUGCCUGAAACCAUGGAAUCAUGGAAUGCCAUGAUAUCGGGGUAUGCCCAGAAUGGUUUGACGGAGAAGGCCGUUGCACUCUUCCAGAAAAUGCAGGCGCUCAAUGUGCCACCAAAUCCGCUCACCAUCUCGAGCGCUCUGUCGGCCUGUGCACAGCUUGGAGCUUUGUCAUUGGGAAAGUGGGUACACAAGAUCAUCUCCAAGGAGAACCUCGAGCUCAAUGUUUAUGUCAUGACAGCGCUCAUUGACAUGUAUGUGAAGUGCGGAAGCAUUGCUGAAGCUCGCCGCAUCUUCGACAGAAUGGACAAUAAGAAUGUGGUCUCCUGGAAUGUGAUGAUCUCUGGAUAUGGCCUCCAUGGUCAAGGUGCUGAAGCUUUGAAGCUCUACAAGGACAUGCUGGAUGCAAACCUUCUUCCAACAAGCUCCACCUUCCUGUCAGUACUCUAUGCGUGCAGCCAUGGAGGAUUGGUUGAGGAAGGACGGACAGCCUUCCGGUCAAUGACUAGCGAUUACGGGUUCACUCCAGGUAUCGAGCACUGCACUUGCAUGGUGGAUCUACUCGGCCGAGCUGGCCGGCUCAAGGAGGCUUAUGAGCUCAUCUCAGAGUUCCCCAAGAACGCCAUUGGACCUGGCGUAUGGGGGGCUUUACUUGCUGCUUGCAUGGUUCAUAAGGAUGCUGACCUUGCAAAAUUGGCCUCCCAGAAGUUGUUUGAACUAGAACCCGAGAACACCGGCUACUAUGUGCUGCUCUCCAAUCUGUACACGUCAAAGAAGCAGUACUCUGAAGCAGCUGGGGUGAGGCAGGAGGCCAAGAGCAAGAAGCUGGUGAAAACACCAGGGUGUACUCUAAUCGAGCUAGGUGACAAACCGCAUGUCUUCAUGGCUGGUGAUCGUGCCCACCCACAGUCAGACGCCAUCUACUCGUACUUGGAGAAGCUAACUACAAAGAUGAUUGAGGCUGGGUACCGACCCGACACGGAGGCGGCAUUGUACGACGUCGAGGAGGAAGAGAAGGAGCAUAUGGUGAAAGUGCACAGCGAGAAGCUGGCCAUCGCCUUUGGAUUGCUCAAUACGGAACCUGGGACCGAGAUCAGGAUCAUCAAGAACCUUAGGGUGUGCCUGGACUGCCAUAACGCCACCAAGAUUAUUUCCAAGGUGACGCAGAGGCUGAUUGUGGUUAGGGACGCGUCGAGGUUUCACCAUUUCAGAGAUGGAAUUUGCUCCUGUGGUGAUUACUGGUGAUUCACUGGAAUUUGCUCUGAUCUCUUAACAGAUGAUUGGUUGAUUCUUUCGAGUUCCAAGCAAGACCCAAGGUUUUAACCCAAGGCACAGACUCUCUCGCCAGUAUACAAUAAUUUUACCAGCUCAUGGGGAAGCACAACUGCUUCAGCAGAAAGUUAAAGUCGUUGACAAAAACAUCAU